UGUGGCCAGUCAGUCAACUGGAAUACAGGCGCCUUGGUGUAGAUUAAGUGCACGUUUCCCGUUUUCCUCCGGUCUCCUCCAGUCGAUUUUAAGGGCUUUUUUUUUACUGUAUCGGAAAUCUUGAAUGUUUUCUGCUGCUGAGUUAUGUUUUGCAACCGCUCAAACCGCGUAGACAGCAUCAAGCAAAGUGCUGGAUGAGAAAAUGGGACGCAGUUGGUAAAGAGCGGCUAGGUAUUAAGCCACGGCUGUCCCCUUCGUUGCCAGUAAUGUACCGCUGCCUUUGUCGAGCAUCGCUGUGGUAAUUCAUGCUCGGACAGUUUGGACCAUUGUUCUCUGCCGUUACUGUAUCAUUUGCCUGGCUCGUCAUUUCCGAUCCACUGCCCGACUUGUGAUGGCGUGGCACUAGCUGCUUUUUAUCCGCAUCCGUGCUAAGAUAAUGAACACGAAUUCUCGGAGAUUACUCUGUUUACUAUGCCAAAGUCAACACGGGAAACCACAAGAAGCUAAAUAGCUCUCAAUACCCUCACAAGAACAACCGAGUGGCUUCACUCCCCAACUUCUCGUCGAAUAAGUGUCGCUGUCAGUUGUUGCUCCAGGCAGAGUGGAUGAGCACCUGAGCUGAGCCAUGGAAGAUGAGGUGUUUGACCAGGUCGUGUAUGUGUUUAACCAGCUGGUGUCGUGGGUCGCGGCUGGUGCCAUGGUGUUUGGCGGAGUUGUGCCAUACAUUCCCCAGUACAGAGACAUCCGCCGGACCCAGAAUGCGGAGGGCUUCUCCACCUAUGUGUGUUUGGUCCUCCUGGUGGCCAAUAUCUUAAGAAUACUCUUCAGAUUUGGACGCUACUUUGAGACGCCGCUGCUGUGGCAGAGCAUCAUCAUGAUUGCUACCAUGCUGAUCAUGCUGAACCUCUGCACCAACGUCCGUAUGGCCACUGAACUCAACACCAAGCGACGCUCUUUCACAGCAACAGACAGUAAGGACGAGGAGGUCAAAGUCCCUAAGAGGCAUUUUCUGGACUUUGACUGGAGCUACUUCUGGUCGUGGAGUCGCUUCGUGGACUACCUGCAGUGUGUGCUGGCCUUCACGCUGCUGGCAGCCUACAUCACCUAUGUGCUGCUGGACUCGGCGCUGUUUGUGGAGUCCCUGGGCUUCCUGGCCGUCUUCACAGAGGCCAUGCUGGGGACGCCACAGCUCUACUGCAAUUACCAGAACAAGUCCACAGAGGGCAUGAGCAUUAAGAUGGUGCUGAUGUGGACCAGCGGCGACACCUUCAAGACAGGCUACUUCCUGCUGACCCAGGCUCCUGUGCAGUUCUGGACAUGUGGCCUGCUGCAGGUUGUCGUGGACUUCACCAUCCUGUUCCAGGUUUACUACUACAGCCGCUACCCACAGAAACCAGUGUCCCACACCGUGUCCCAUACCACCAGUGCCAAGGCCCUCUGAAGGCAUCUGCACGGCCUGGGAAGAGGACUUCUACGCAUGUUAACACACACAUACAUCACUGAGGAGGCACUUUAACAGGCGCCACACUGAAACUGCGGACAUGCAGAAACACUCACCAGUGCCAGAGCACCUUUUGGAGGAUGCAGUCUGCUCACGCUUGCCUCCAUAUAUACACAACUACCCAUACACACUCAUAAAUAAGGCAUGAACAUACACAAACACUAGGCAGUGUUGGUGUCUGUUGCACUGCCUGGAGUAUACUGAAGGACACUUGUUACAUUUAAACAAACAGGACCUUUUGUUAUUUAUUAUCCUACUGACUUUUCUGUAUGCGACAGUGUGCUUAUGGGUCGAUAUGCAGACCGCUAAAAAAAAAAAGAUUAUGUCCUUGCAUAUACCUGUGCAUGUAGGGAAUAUUAUGCACAUGCAAUGAAUAUAUGCAGUGUAUGUUAACUGCAGAUGUAUGCACUAAAAAUCUGCUGAUGCUCAAGGAAACGUGGACCGACUUUUCUGGUCCACACACACCGAUGAUUGUUGCAUGGACCCUCUGCCUUAACAGAUGCUCAAACACGGCUGGCUGCUUUACCAGCAAUAUAAAUACGUACAAAUCAAUCAAACUGCGUAAUACACAACUUUACUGAAUGUACAAAAA